AUGAAUUUUAAGAAAGAAACUUUAGAAUUACUUGGAUAUGAAAGCAAUAAGUGCUCAAUUCCAAAAACUUUACUUGAUAACUUUACUGCUUUUUUUACUGAAUAAUAACAAUUACCUCUAGCGAAUGAACCUCCCGAAUAUUUUGAGAAUGGAUUAAUAUUUAUGUCAGCUAUAAGCUAAAGUACCACGCCCUAGGUCUCAGCCUAAUAAUUAAGGUCUGUGCAAUCUAAAGGUUCCAAGGGAAAGAUCAGAACUUUUUUUCCUUAAAGUAAUUAUCAUCCAACACCUUAAUUAGAAUGGCCCGUUCACAAAGCUAACAUGAGUCCCUUUUCAUUUUCAAAAUAUUCUCACUUUCAAUCUUUGACAAGCCGAUAUUGGUACUACUUGGACAAUAGUAAUACUGUAUAAGGUCCCUUUUCUUGUGUGGAAAUGGAUAACUGGUAUCGAAAAAAUCUCCUCAAUCUUGAUCUGUUGAUUAGCUACAAGUCUCAUGAUCUGACUUCGUUUGUGAAAAUUCAAGAUAUCUUAAAGGAUUCCGAAAAUCCUAAAUGCGAUAAAAUGUUGCGUCAACUUUAUAAAAGAGCAUCAAGUGCUAAAAGAAUUAAAGAUCAAAAUUCAAGUACUUCACCUGUAAGCAAGGCGUCAACUGAAAUAUCAACUAGCAACAACAACAGCUGCUAAAAAUCUAGAUAACCCAUUUGGGGAGUUGAUACCGAGUAUUUUUUAGGUUUUUGA